GCAAUCAUAAAAAAAGUAAAAAUGGCUGAGGCAAUGAAAAUGGAGAUUAAGAGUAGAGAGAUGAUAAAACCAUCUUCUCCAACUCCCCCUGAUCUUAAAAUCUUCAAGCUAUCUCUUAUUGACCAGCUUCAUCCUUCUGUUUUCACACCAAUACUUCUCUUCUACUCCAUCAAUUCACCUGCUGCAAAUAAAUCCCAUCAUCUAAAAUCAUCACUUUCCAAGUAUCUUACUCUUUUUUACCCUCUUGCAGGAAGAAUAAAAGACAGUAGUUCAAUUGAUUGCAAUGAUGAAGGAAUUGUCUAUAUUGAAGCAAAUGUCAAUUGCCCCAUCUCAGGAAUUCUGAAACAGCCUCCAAAUGUUGAUGUGCUUGAACAAUUUCUCCCUGGAAUUGAUCGCUCUAUUGAAGUGAACACUGAUCGGCCUUUACUGUUUAUCCAAGAAAACUCAUUCACAUGUGGUGGAAUAGCUAUUGGGAUUCUCAUUUCACACAAGAUUACUGAUGCAGCCACCGUUGGAACCUUCCUUAAAGGCUGGGCUACUGUUGCUGCAGAUGGUUCCAGUGAGAUUCUUGCUCCAAAUCUCACUGCACCUUCUGUUUUACCACCUUUGGAUUCACCUCUCAUAUUACCAGCUGAUGCUAUAAAGGUCAUAGCUAGCAAGUCCACAACAAGAAGGUUGGUGUUUGAUGCAUCAAAUAUUGCUGCUCUUAGGGCAAAAGCUGCGAGUUCAAACGUGCCAAAUCCAACGAGAGUAGAAACAGUAACUGCUUUUAUCUGGAAACAUUCAAUCAAAGCUUCAAGAUUGAACUCUGGGUUUCCAAAGCUGACUAUAGCAUCCCAAGCUGUUAAUAUACGUAAAAGAAUCAUCCAAAGCUUGCCUGAAAACUCUGUUGGAAACAUUCUGGGAUGCUAUUUUGUCUCUGCCAGGGAGAUAACAGAUUUGCAAAGCUUGGUUGGUUUAUUGAGGAAAGGGUUAGAAGAAUUUAACAAGACUUGGGCGGAUCAUUUUCAAAGGAAUGAUCCAGUGUCUGCGUUUCUUGGGCUUUUGCAGGAAAUUUCUGGGUUGCCGAAGCAGGCGACUACUGAUUUCUACAACUUCGCCAGUUGGUGUAAAAUGCCGCUGUAUGAAACUGAUUUCGGCUGGGGAAAGCCAACUUGGGUUGCUAUACCUAAAAAUGAGGCAUACAAUACUGUUGCAAUAAUGGAUACAAGAGAAGGUGGUGGAAUUGAAGCUUGGUUAUGUCUGAGCGAAGAGGACAUGGCCUUGCUUGAACAUGACGAGGAGCUACUUGCAUAUGCUACCAUUAAUCCAAGUAUCAUAUAGUUAAUGUUACAUGCUAAAUAAAUUUAGUAAUAUCAUAUGAAAUUUAAUAAAAUACAUUAUUAUUAUAUUAUGUUUCGUCAAACUCAAAAUGGAA